UCUAUAUAUAAAUGUACAAAAACAAACUAUUUCUUAUUGACGACAUUAAAAUUUUAUUGCCUGAACUUUUAUCAAGAAAAUAAUAAAUAAAAUAUACAAAUAUCGAUCUCAGCUUUAAAUUUAACAAAUUUUGAUUUCCCUACCGCAAAAUGUCCGUUAAAAAGUGCGAAGGUGGUCAAAUAAAUUUUCUCUCGGAACGCCUCAACAUACCGCUUUUAUUAGCCACACGCAACAGCUUUAAGCAUGAACGCGUUAUAUCCAAAUAUAUUAACAGUAAACAUAAAUUCUAUACAAUGGACUGCAUUUUAGAGAAAGGCGUCGAAACGCGUUCGAAAGAGCGCGCGCGUAAACUCUUAGGUGAAUAUCCUGAAAGCACUGGAGCAUGCGCUAGCCGACGCAUGGCUAAUACCACACGUGCUGUAUCCGAUUUCAGAACCUUCCACCUGCCACCAAAUAUUUAUAAUACCUCUAAGGAACCAUAUGCAAGUCGUCGUGGUUUGGGUGGCGCAUAUUGGAGAAAGUUGAAGAAGGAAUAUCAAACUGAUUUCCAGGAAUAUAAUAAAUACACAGCACCGAAGAAGACAAGAGAUAAGUGGAAAUUGUAUAACGUUUUGAAAUUAACGGACCGCUUCAACUUGCCACAUAACAAGCAUAAAGGAGUUUUUGUAAGCAAUGCCCGCCUGCGUCCCGCCACCACACGCUGCAUGGUAACCGAUCCAGUGUUGGUAAAACGCCUACCCACAGAACCGUCACCGGCGCAAUAUAACGUAGUAAGGCACACGAUCAAAUAUAAUAUGUCUAAGCCAGUACACACGCCAAAACAGAAUCCACAUUUGUUUCUACGGAACUCCUGCAUACCCGAAAAAUUGCCAGGCAUAAUACGUCGUCACUUGAGCUUCGAACCAGGAGUGGGGCGCUAUGAGGUGCGCUUCCCGAAACAUUGCGCUUGUGGCAAGAAAAUCUUCACACCAGGUCUGCCGUUAAUCAUUGAUCGUGAGAAACGCAAGAAAUUUCGUCGUAUACCAUAUAAGAAAAUCAAGUCUCAUUUGUACUGCGCACCGGAUUUUACGCAUGUCAUCGGUCAUGGGCACACGUAUGUCUUUCGUUUGCCGGGUUCUAAGAAGCAUCAACCCAAACCAUUGGAUAAGUCGCUAAAGCGAUUGUUUUCUCCACGCGCAGCACAACAAUUUCACGAUUAUAGAUAUAUAAAUAUGAUAUUAGCGCCGCGCCGUAGACGCUUAUCCUACUUUCCGUCAUAUAUAAAUCUCUAUCGUGAGCAAAAAGUGCGCUUCAAUUGCAUUGUAAAGGUGAUUGUAAUACGUCGCCCAUUGAGUAAGGGCAAGAAACUGGGUUUCGGUGGCACCGCCAAACGUUUCUCAUACGUCGAUUAUCACUCAACUGUACUCACAGCCGCGCAGGCACGUCAGAUUAAAGAAUCUUUACCCGUCGAACGUCAGCUGCAGGAUUAUCCUACAACACGCACACCUUUGACGGAGAUCAAACCGCGCCUUUUGGAGUGGUAUACAGAGCAAAAGAAAGUAAUCCGUCCGAUUUUUGAACGUAAGGGGCCUGCUAAGUUACUACAGCUACCGCAGCCAAAAUUGCUAGUCACCGAAAAGGAUUUGCUACCCGAUUUAAAACCUGGUGUCGCAUAUAGACCGCCGGUGUUGUAUAACAAACCAAUCGAUAUCCAUGAAUUCUUCAAAACAGCGACGACUACAGAUCAAGAGACUGUAGAUGAAAACUGAAGUGCGUUCGAUGUUAAUAUGAUGUAGCGUUCAUAAAUUUUUUGCGAAAAUGCAAAUAAAUAUAUUUCUCGAGCUUUAAAUAUA